GUGUUUUUGUUCCCCUCUUUGAAAACAGCUAGCUCCAGAAUUUUGUUCUCUCUUCUAAAGAGAGCGAGAGAAAGAGAGGGAGGGCGAGAGUGGGAGAGGGAGGGAGAGAGAGGGGGAGAGGGAAGAAACUUCUUCCGACCAACAAAAACAACUGUCUUCUAUAUGGGAUUAUAAAAUUGCUGUGUGUCCAUUGAGAGAGAACUUGUGGGUAGAUACGUUGGGGAGAUACUACAAGACGGACAACUAAACAGACACACACAGGUUCCUCAGACCCAACGUGACCGUCCCAUUUGACUAUCUGGGGGCGCUGUCACUCAUCUCUCAACAUGAUGCAACGGGACGAUCUGUCUGCCAUGGAGGAGUUCAGCUACACCCAGAUGCCCACGCUGGAGAGAGGGGUUGGCGGGGGUACGGUGGGCCGGCGGGGGUGUGCGGAGAGGGACCGGCCGGAGAGCUACACGGUGGACGUGAGGGCCAGUGACCUGCAGCUUGCCCACUCUGAGAAGCCCAUGCACCCCUGCCUCAGCUACAGGACCUGGCUCUACAGCGUCCUCAUUGGGAGCAGUCUGUUGGUCACAGCAGGCUUCUCACUCUACCUGGGCAAUGUGUUUCCUGCUGCUAUGGACUACCUGCGCUGUGCUGCAGGCUCGAGUAUCCCGGCAGCAGUUGUCAGCUUUGCCAUUGCCAAAAACCAUCAUGUUGCAGUGUCAGAUUUCCAGGUGGUAUUUGUGUCCACCUUUGCUGUGACGACCACCUGCCUGGUGUGGUUUGGCUGUAAGCUGGUGUUGAGUCCCUCUGCUGUCAAUAUCAACUUUAACCUCAUCCUGCUGAUUCUGCUGGAGGUGCUGAUGGCCAGUACAGUCAUCCUGUCUGCACGCUCUGCAGAGGACUGCUGUAGCCACAGGAAGCCAGUGAUGUAUGACGGUCCUGUGGUUCUGAGCCCAGCCAUCUUUCCCACUCGACUUCUAAAGGCCUACUCUGUGAUUGAGGUGAUAGUAGGAAUCUCGUCCGUGUUUGGUGGUAUCAUCGCUCUCAACAUGGACCUCUUGCUCCCUGGCCCAUACCUGUCUGUCACCUUUUUCUGGAUCUUAGUGGCUUGUUUCCCCAGUGCCAUUGCCAGCCAUGUCGUGGCAGAAUACCCCAACAAGUGUCUGGUGGAGAUGCUGAUUGCCAUCAGCAGUGUGACGUCCCCGCUUCUCUUCUCAGCCUCAGGCUUUCUCUCCUGCAGUGUGCUCAGUUUCAUUGACAUCUUCCUGCAUGAGGUGCCUACAGCCAAGCAAUCGUAUGAGAUCCUGCUGCUAAUUCUGAUGGUGCUGCUGCUGGUGCAGGCAGUUCUGACUCUGGCCACAGUGGUGCACUGUGCCUCCUACAAGAGCCAGCUCCGCAUGGGGGCUCCAGAGUGGGAUGACAGCCUGCAGCUCCCAGCCCUCCACUCAGAGCAACAAGCAUCCAACGGAACACUGCGGGACUUUGACAAAGACAAGGCCUGGAAGGCGGUCGUGGUCCAAAUGGCACAGUGAACAGAGGAGGAGGAGGAGGAGGAGGAGGAGGAGUAGGAGGAGGAGGACAAAACAGACAGACAGGGGAGAGGAAGAAAAAAGAAAUAAUGAAUACCGGUAGUCAGUUUCACUGUCAGAGAAAAGAAAAAGGAAGGAGGAAAAAUAAAGAAUGCAAGAUGAAAAAGGGAGAGAAAGGGGGAGCAAGGACGAGAGGAGGACAAAUGAGUGAGAGAAUGGAGAGGAGGGAUACAGAAGGAAGUGUGUGAUGUCAUAAGCAUUCACAUCUCUCUGAGGUCUACAUUUUAAAACUUGCUAUAUCAAUCUCCUUACUGUAGGCAAUUGGGUACUCUUAUGCUUCUUUGUAUUGUAUUUGCAGCUUAGUAUUCUUUGUCUAUAUGUAGUUAUCUUUAUACAUAGGGCUAUAGGUCUAAUUGAUAUUGACAUGGAGAUUUGUAUACAGUAUACAACAGACAUUUAGUUUUCUACUAUAAACUAUUGUGCCUUUUAGAUACAGUUGUUGAUUGUAUUCCUGUCAUGUAGACAAAUAAAACUGUUUAUAUACCA